AUGAAAGGUUGGAUGAAUGAGAUGGAAAAACAUCAUGAUGACUUUAUUUGGAAGUUGGUUUAUGAAGAGGCUCCCAGUUACGUUAGAGAAUUCGGCGUAAAAAAUGUAAGAGACAGUACACAAAAUUUACCUUGUAUCAAAAAAAAAUCGGAAGGGUGGACUAAAGUCGUUAAAAUAUUUGGGUUAAGGCAUAAUAAGAAAAGGUUAUCACCAUCUCAACCUAACGAUUUAAAAUUAUGGCAUGAUCGUGUUCUUGAUAGACUUGAAAUUGAGAUUUUAAAAGGGAACUUUUCAUGUGGUAAGAGCACAACCGGAUCUCAAUAUGUAGCUCUUAAACAAUUAAAGAAUUCAAAGAAUGUUGGAAUUGAAUUUGUUCAUCAGCUUGAAUCAAGUUUUACUAUAAUAAAUUCAAGCAAAAGUCCAAAACUUUACGGAAUUUCUCAAGACCCAGAAACAAAUGAUUAUAUCUUAGUUAUGCAAUACGCAAACGGAGGAGAUUUACGUCAAUAUCUACGAGAUAAUUUCGUUGAAAUUGAUUGGAUUCAAAAAAUUUCCAUGUUAUUAGAUGUGGCAAAAGGGUUGAAGGAUAUACAUGAUCACGGAUGUGCGCAUCUUGGUAUUCAUGAUGGGAACAUUUUAUUAAACCUUUCAAAAUCUUUUUUAGAAGAUGAAAGUGAAAGUUCACAAAAAUAUGAUAUAUUGAUCUCGGAUUUUGGAAUGUGCACACCGGCAAACGAAUUUUCAAAUUCAUCGUCACAUCAAAAACGAGAAGAGAAUGAAAAUGAAUCGCAAUCAAUUUUACUUGACCCUAGCGGACCUUACGCAAAUUCACCAAGAUAUAAAAGAGCUCCAGCUCCAAAAGUAACGGACUUGAAUGAUUUAACACGGUUAGAGAAGAAUGUUUUUAUCGAUCCUUAUGCUUCAAUGGUUGGAGGACCCAUUCGUCAAUGCAUUUAUCAUCAAAGAUGGUUUCCCAAAGAUUUCUUGGUAAGGUUUAUAAGAGCUUACGAUGAUGAAACUUCUUCAGUAUGGAUCGUACCAGAUUUUAUGGAAGAAGGCGGUACAAAGAGACCUGGUAAAGGUCAUUGGAUAAGAUGCAAUGCAAAAACUUUACGAAACGUUUUAAAAGAAGGUAAAUAUAAAAUGAUCGACAAUCAUGGGUAUUGGAGAAAAGACAUGCAUGAACACAUCUGGAAAAUACUAGUAGAAGAUUCUAUAUUAAGGUUUGAUAGAAUUAUAGAUAGGUUGGGAACACAUAGGUUUCCUAUGAAGAAAGAGAAUGCUUUUCAUCCAGUGAUCAAAGCAGAAAGUUGUUAUGAAUGUUAUAAUAAGCCCAUUUCGGGGCUUAAUUGUAAAAAAUCAAAGAAAAAAUCUGAUGAUUCUUAUAAACCUUUAAGGAUUUUACCGAAUCAUAUUGGAUCAAUUGAGAAAGUAUCUUUUAUCUCACAAAAAGAUGAUAUCUCUGAUAAAUUUAAUGAUGUGAACUACGUGACUCGGAGCAUUCCUUUCUAUUAUGUUAAAACUAUUUGGGGUGACAAAGAAAUUGAGAAAAUUAAAAAUUAUUUAAAUAUAAAUCAACAAAAUCCUAUGAUCGGUGUUCAGCUUGUCGUAGAAAUUGAUGAAAAGAUGGCAUGUGCACCAGACUCGGAU